CAACAAAAAAUACUAACUGGCACUGUUUUUUCAUAUAUUGUAUAAUUUUAUUUCUUUAUUUUGAAGGAUUAAGAUAUAGUUUUCAUCUGUUUAGUGCCCAUGUCUUUUUUGGCAUAUUUUCAUUGUCUACAGGGAUGUUUUUAUCUUCUUUUUACAUAAACAUAGAAAUAUAAAGUGACUUUCUCAAGACCCUACAGCUACUAAGUGGCAGAGAAGGUUCACACCCAUGUUUAUCUGGCCCCAAAGCCUGUAAUCUUUCUACUAAUAUUUAUCAUAUACUGUAAGUCUACUCUGUACCAGAUAAUUUACAAACAAAAUUUUAUUUAAUGUAGCAUCCUGCAAGACAGUUUCAUUAUUAAGGCUCAGAGAGUGUUAUGGAUUGAACUAUGCCCCCUAAAAAUAUGCCCCACGAAAACCCUACUAUACCUGUGGUUACAAUCCUCUUUGGUAGUAGGGUUUUCUUUGUUAUGUUAAUUAUGCAUUAGUGUAGGGUGUGUCUUAAGUCAAUCUCUUUUGAGCUAUAAAAGAGCAGAUUAAGGAAGCAGCAGAAAACCAGAGAUGGGGGAAGAUAGAUGCCAAGCCACAUGAAGAUUGCCAAGGAACAGAAGCUCAGAGGAGAAAAGGACCUUCCUCCAGAGCCGACAGACAGAAAGGCAUUCCCUACAGCUUGCACUCUGAAUUUGGACUUCUACCCAUCUGUCUUAGUUUUCUAGUGCUGCUAUAACAGAAAUAUCACCAGUGGAUGGCUUUAACAAACAGAAGUUUAUUCUCUCACAUGCUAGAAGGCUAGAAACCCAAAUUCAGGGCGCCAACUCUAGGGGAAGGCUUUCUCUCUCUGUCAGCUCUGGGGAAGGUCCCUGUCAUCAUUUUCCCCCUGGUCUAGAAGCUUCUCAGCUCAGGGACCCCGGGUCCAAAGGAUAUGCUCCCAGGGAUUCUUCUUUGGUGGUAUGAGGUCCCUAUCACUCUGCUGGCUCCUCUCUCCUUUUGUCUCUUGUAAGAUAAAAGGUAAUGCAGGCCACUGUGUCAGGGAAACUCUCCUGAGUUCAGGGCUGUGACCUGCGAAAGGGUGUUGCAUCCCACUCUGAUCCUCUUUAACAUAACCUAAUCUUGUCUCAUUAACCAUAGGCUGAGAUUAGGAUUUACAACACAGUAAAAUUACAUCAGAUCACAAAAUAUAGGACAACCAUACAGUACUAGAAAUCAUGGCCUAGCCAAGUUGACACAUAUUUUGGGGGGGGGGACACGAUUCAAUCCAUGACACCAUCUGAGUAAAUAAAUUCCUGUCUGUUAAGGCCUAAAAAUUGGGGGUCUAUUACUAAGAAAGAAGGGGAAACUAGAUGCUGGGGAAGACAACUAGUAGUAUUUACCACAGGAACUAAACAAGGUGAUCUGAUUCGGAGUAACCUAAGGCGUGUAUGUGAACACUCACUUAGACUGAUUCUUUAUAAUCCUUCUCCACUAUCAAAUAGGUUUCUUCAUAGCAAAAACUUGAUUUACCUUUAUAGUCCUGGUUUGUCCUGAAGUGCCUCAGGCAUGAUAAAUAUUAACAUGUUUUUGGGAGAGAAUAUGAUAUAACCUUAAAGUAAUUUGGGAAACUAUUACUAACAAACGAUACAGAACAGUAUGAUGUUAUGGUCUCACAUUCUCUCACUAGGCUGCAAGUUUCCUCAGAGUCAGUAAAUCACUAAAUCUACCUCUUUCUUUCUAGAGUAUUGAAUGUUGACUGUGGCAUGUAAUUGGUAUUAAAAGACAUUAGCAGUAUUCAUCCACGGAGCUCACUGAGGCCUAAAGCAAUCAGAGAAGACUUCAUUAAGUGGGACUUGGGAUGGUGAAAAGCCCUUUUCCCCACUGACAGAAAAUAAUAAUCAAUAUUUGUAUAGCAUUUUAAUUACAUCUUCACAGCAUCACCAGGAUGUUCUCUUUCAUUAAAUCCUCACAUCACCGGGGUAUUGUUUUUAUCCUUAUUUUACAGAUGAAGAAAUGGAGGCUCAAGACACUCCCCUUAGCAAGUGGCAGAACUGGAACUAGAAAUAAGAUCUUAAGAAAACCACGUGGACUGCUAGGGGAGGGAAAUUUUUCAAUUUCAGUAAAAUUAGUGAGUACCUGUUAUGGAGAGAGAGCUACAACAUCCUUUAGUUUCACUUUCAGGAGAUUAAGAAAGUAAAAUCGGGCAAAAUGAGGGCAAAUCCUUUUGCCAGAACUUUCUAAAUGCAGGAUUAGGAUCAAGCAAUAAACCCACUGCUGUUGAGUGGAUUCCAAUUCAUAGUGACUCUAUAAAAACCCAUUGCCGCUGAGUUGAUUCCCACUCAAAGCGACCCAACAGGGCAGAGCAGAACUGCCCUAUAGGUCUCCAAGGAGUGGCUGGUGGAUUUGAACUGCCGAUCUUUUGGUUAGCAGCUGAACACUUAACCAUUGAGCCAUCAUGGCUCCUGUGACUCUAUAGGACAGAGCAGAACUGCCCCACAGGGUUUCCAAGGCUAGGCUGUCUUUACCGAAGCAGACUGGCACAUCAUUCUCCUGCAGAGAAGCUGGUAGCCUCCAACAGCCAAGCUUUCCUUAGCAGAUGAUCGCUUAACAACUACAUCACCUAGGACUCCUUCCAUCAAGUAAUACUGUGCUUGUUACCGGCUUUUUAAAAGACUACAAUUCCCAGCAUGCCAAAAGGCACCUCGGGAAGACGUCGACUCCCAGCAUUCUGUACUUGGGAACUCCGUGUCCCAGAAUGCAGCGCUCCUCCAACUCGUUCUCAGAGGGCCAACGAGACUACAGUUCCCAGCAUGCAGCGCCGCCCCCUGUUUCUGGCGCCCCGCUGGGCCCUGCUUCGGAGAGACCUUCUAAAUCCCAGAAGGCCGGUCCUGAAGUCAAAGCCCCAUCUCGGGGAUGUAUCUGUAGAACGGUUCUGGCCCGUUGAGCCUGUCCAGAAGAAGCCUCGGAGGGAUGGGUUGGGGCCUGGGCCGGGCUUCGCGCAGGCAGCGUUUGAGACAGCCCCAUCGGGGCCCUCCUGGGGCCUACCUCCCUUUGAACCGCGGUGGCGGGCGGGCGCUCUGUCUCCUGCACUCCGUAGGGUAGGGGCCGCCAUCUCCAUGGCCACGGCCGCGAGUCGGCCUUGUGCCGGCGGGUCGCGGGACAUCCUGUGGCGCGUUUUAGGCUGGAGGAUAGUUGCAAGUAUUUUUUGGUCAGUGCUGCUUCUACCCAUUUGUACCACAGUAUUUAUAAUCUUUAGCAGUAUUGAUUUAUUUCAUCCUAUACAGUGGCUGUCAGAUUCUUUCAAUGAUCUAUAUAGUUCAUAUGUAAUCUUUUACCUCCUCCUUCUGUCAGUGGUAAUAGUGAUAAUAAAUAUUUUCAAUGUGGAGUUUUAUACAGUUGUGCCUUGCAUUCCCUGCUCCAGACUGGCGCUGAUAGGGAAGAUUGUUCAUCCUCAGCAGGUCAUGCACUCAUUUGUUCAUGCUUCUAUGGGAAUGGUGAUGGCUUGGUGUGCUGCAUUGAUAACCAAGGGCCAGUACAGUUUUCUUGUGGUUCCCUGCACAGGUACCGAGAGCUCAGAUAGCCCUGCUGCACAGACCUGCUUAAAUGAAUAUCACCUUUUUUUCCUACUGGCUGGAGCAUUCAUGGGCUAUACCUAUAGCCUUCUGUAUUUUGUCAACAAUAUGAAUUAUCUUCCCUUUCCCAUUAUACAGCAAUACAAAUUCUUACGCUUUAGGAGGUCUCUGCUCUUACUAGUUAAACAUAGUUGCGUGGAAUCGCUAUUCCUGGUUAGAAAUUUCUGCAUCUUGUAUUAUUUUCUGGGCCAUAUUCCCAAAGCUUGGAUUAGCACUGCUAUGGACCUUCGGAAAGAUAAGCAGUUACAUCCUCUUGACACUGUGAGUGGUCUCUUGAAUCUCUCAUUGCUCUACCAUGUCUGGUUGUGUGGUGUCUUUCUUCUAACAACUUGGUACAUCUCAUGGAUACUCUUCAAAAUCUAUGCUACAGAGGCUCAUCUGUUCCCUGUUCAACCAUCAUUUGCUGAAGAGUCAGAUGAAUGCCUCCCUAAAGUUUUAAACAGCAAUCCUCCCCUCAUCAUAAAGUAUUUGGCCUUGCAGGACCUGAUGUUGCUUUCUCAGUAUUCUCCUUCACGAAGACAAGAAGUUUUUAGUCUUAGCCAACCAGGUGGACAUCCCCACAAUUGGACAGCCAUUUCAAGGGAGUGUUUGAGUCUUUUAAAUGAUAUGACUCAGAAAUUGAUUCUCUACCAAGAAGCUGCUGCUACUAAUGGGAGAGUGAUACCUUCAUCAUACCCAAUGGAACCUAAGAAAUUGAACUCUCCAGAAGAAGCUACUUUUCAGACGCCAAAAUCUGGCCAGAUGACUCGGCCUUCAGUGCCACUGUUAGUUAAAGCGUCACUGUUUUCUCCAAAAUUAUCUACACCUGAUGUUGCAAGUCCCCUUGGGACCCCUUUUGGCUCUAGUGUAAUGAACCGGAUGGCUGGAAUUUUUGAUGUAAACACCUGCUGUGGGUCACCUCAAAGUCCUCAACUAGUAAGAAGAGGGCCAAGAUUAUGGACUUCUGCCUCUGAUCAGCAAAUGACUGAAUUUUCUAAUCCAUCUCUAUCUACCUCUGUUAAUGCUGAGGCUAAGACAGUGGGACAGCCCAGUAUAAUUUAUUCAUGGAUACAGAAUAAACGUGAACAGAUUAAGAACUUCUUGUCAAAACGGGUGCUGAUAAUGUAUUUUUUCAGUAAGCACCCAGAGGCCUCCAUUCAGGCUGUUUUUUCAGAUGCCCAAAUGCAUAUUUGGGCAUUAGAAGGUCUGUCUCACUUAGUAGCAGCAUCAUUUACAGAAGAUAGAUUUGGAGUUGUCCAGACUACACUACCGGCUAUUAUUAAUAGUUUGCUGACACUGCAAGAGGCAGUUGACAAGUACUUCAAGCUUCCUCAUGUUUCCAGUAAACCACCUCGAAUUUCAGGAAGCCUUGUGGACACUUCUUACAAAACCUUAAGAUUUGCAUUUAGAGCGUCACUAAAAACUGCCAUCUAUCGAAUAACGACUACUUUUGGUGAACAUCUGAAUGCUGUGCAAACAUCUGCAGAACAUCAGAAAAGACUUCAACAGUUCUUGGAGUUCAAAGAAUAGUUAAGUAAUAUAAACUGUGUUCAUUACACUGCUGAUACAACUACAGAUGGGACAGUAAAUGUUCAGCAUUCUUGGAUCAGAAGAAAAUGGACUAAUUAGAUGCUUCCUUUGUCGUGGUCGUUCCUUUGAAAACUAUACUUUAAUGGGAGAAAUCAUGGGAAGAAAUUCGCAACAGAAUAACCAAGAACUGCCUUUUCUGUACCGAUUGCUUUUUGUGUGUGUGGUGUAAUAAAGUCUUUAUUCAAUUUUACGGAAGCAUCUAUGGCAGUAGAAGUGUCUCUAGCUCGUAUAACUUAAUAACUUGAAAUUUUUUAGAAUUUACUUUCGAGAGGAGUGGAGCCAGUCAGUGUGUAAAAUAGUUUGACUUGAUGCAGUCUUCCGUUCUAAUCAUUGUUAAGAGUUCAGCUCUCUCUAAACACGAAAUACAUAAAGUUUUAGUAGUUUCUGUUUACUGAAGGAUAAAAAUGGUAACAGUGGAGAAAAAUUCACAGAAAAAAUAUUGUCUAAAGAACAUAUUUUGUUAAUCUGUUAGGUUGUGUUUUUGUUUCCAGGGACAAAUUAAAUUUGCAUGAUUGUCCAAAAAGAGUCUCAAUUUACAGAUGCUAACUCUAUAUAAAGGAAUGUGGAAAAAUUCAGUUCUUGAGUUACAAGAUUAAACAUGCACAUUUGGUUUUUGAAAAAGAAUUGACCGACAUCUAUGAAUUUAUUUUGUAUCCUGCUAGUAAACAUUAAGUGUAUGGAUAUUUUCCCAACUAGUUUUGCUUUCUUUUUCUGGAACAAAAUAUUAAGUGAUUGCAGAGUUUUUCAAGUGAGAGAAAAAGUUUUGCAAGAAAAGCCAGGAAACUUUCCUUUUCCCUUCCUGCUCUUCAUCUUCUUUAGAUCAGAUUAUUUUGCAGAUCUUGCCUGGCUUCACAAAGGGAGCAGCCUCUGCUACAUUAACUGGCUCAUUAAAAUAUAUUAGGAAAAUCUUUACACCCAGAAACAACUUAGUCAUCAAAUAGCAAGUGAAACGAAAACAUCAGAGGGAUUACUGUACUUGGGAGUAUGUUCCGUGUCCAAAAUGUGAGCAAGGUAAUUUUAUAAAUUGUUAGAUUAGCUUCUUUGGAGAUGAAAGAUUAGAAAUCCUACUGGUAGCUGUUCAUUGGACUAGCUUUAGACUGAACACUCCCUUGUAAUUCUUUUCUUCUUAUUUUUUCUCUCUACCCAGACCCAGCCUAUUUUCUCUCUAGUGCCCCCAAUUUUUUUCUUUAAAGUCAGCACAGUAUUAUAUAUGAAUCUUUAAUAUGGUAUGUAUGUCUACCAUUUGUCUUAUUCCUUGAUGUAUUAUGUAUUCAGAAUAGAAUAUUUCAGCUCUAGGUCCUAUUGCCCCUUCAGCCAGCACAUCCCAUAUUGUAAAUGAAUCCUGCUGGCCUUUCAAGUGUCUUUAUCAGUUUCCCAAUCGUCAAGUGUUUUCGGGUUAUUGCCAUUUGCCUUUUUUUUUUUUUUGCUUUCUGUCUGAAGUUAUCUCUUUCUUGAAUGUGAAAAUUGAAUUUCAUAUGUGAUAUAGUCUCUUACAGAUGACCAGAAAAUUGUGACUAGGUUGACUGACAGCUGUUGUGUUCCAUGUUUAAAAGCCAUUAAGCGUUUUAUAUUUCAUUUUCUCUGCUGCCCCUGGCUGAGGCAUUUUGGGAGACAAAGACCCUUAGCCUUCUGUUUCCAUUAAAGAAGGUUUGUGGUAUUUAACCCGUUGCAUUCCUGGGGUUGAAGAUGGGAUGAUUCCUUUAAACUUGGAUAUACUUGGAUAAAAUAUCUGGCUAGGUUUAAGUUCUUGCCAUUUCCCAGAUAAUUUUGGACAAAGUAUGUUUAGUGAACAACGUGAAUGUUUCUGAGGUGUUCAUCCCUGUUUUUUCUCAAGAGAAUGUGCUGUGGACAAAAUGCAGGCCACAUAAGUCCUGCCUGUUGGAAAUUUAGGAACUGCCUUCUCAAAUCUAUUUUGUACUUAGUAGGUAAAGGAAACAGUUCUUUUCCACCAUUUUGUAUUAAUAGCCUAGCCACCAUCUUUUUGGUCUAGAGUAUGACUCAGUCACCUGUUAUGAAAUGAAGCUCCUUCUGUGUGGAAGGAGAAGGACUUAGGGAGACCAAGAGGAGAGAACCAUUUCCUUUGAUGAGGUCUCAACCUCCCUCUGAGCCUGCUGUUGCUGUAACAUUGGCCAGAAAAUUAGAGAUUGUUCUUCAAAAGCCUGUCUCUGGCUGUCAGCAUAACACAUGAUUCCAUCAGCUCUCAUAAUGUUUGCUUGGCCCUUAUGGAAGGUAUAAGUCCACGAACCCUCUCUUCAGAGAACUGGGACACUCCUAGAAUAUACCCUGAACAGUUGAGUGAAUAUUGAAGAGCAACAACUUGUUACUCUGCUGGAUUUGUCUCUUGGUAAUUGUUUUGUGUGUCUUCCUGUAAAUAUUUAUGGGAACAUGUUUACAUCCUUCAGUAUCAUUAGUACUGAAUUGGAUAGAAAAAUAAAUUGAUAGUUUUUAAAAAUGGGACUACUAAUUGAAAUUUGUGUGUCUACAAAUUCAGUUAUUUAAUUUCUGGGAUGUGUGUAUAUGUUUCCUUACCCAUUUCAAUUCAGUCUCAAACUCUUUGCUUGUAAAAGCUAAAAAGGUUUAACUUCUUGAGAAAUUAGCUUUUGCUUUUAGCUGGACUAAUUUGGUGGGUAAUCUGUGUUUAAUGGUAACUUUAAAGAGCCUGAAUUCUGAGUUUCUUUCUUCAUUGUCUUGGUUGUCUUUCUUCAUUGUCUUGGUUCUAAAAUUAAAAAGGGUGCCGGUGCAGAAACCCAUCUCUUAACUGACACUCUUUUCUUGCCGAAAUAGUGUUUCUAAAUGGAUCGCAUUCCCUCAGGCUGACAGUUACGUCUGUCAACUUUACUUAAAUUAGUCUGAACUCCACCUCUGGUAGGUACUAAGGCCGUCAGUUCUCUCUCUUUCUCUCCCAACCCCAUAGUCAUCUUUUUUUUAAAACAAAAUAGCUUAAUUAAAACAAAGAUAGCUUUCAUUCAUCAGUUAACAAUCUAAUUAUUCUUAGCAAGCUGCUGACCACCAUUUUUUUUUGUAUUAACUUUUAUUGAGCUUCAAGUGAACGUUUACAAAUCAAGUCAGACUGUCACAUAUAAGUUUAUAUACAUCUUACUCCGUACACCCACUUGCUCUCCCCCUAAUGAGUCAGCCCUUCCAGUCUCUCCUUUCGUGACAUUUUUGCCAGCUCCCAACACUCUCUAUCUUCCUAUCCCCCCUCCAGACAGGAGAUGCCAACACAGUCUCAAGUGUCCGCCUGAUAAAAUUAGCUCGCUCUUCAUCAGCAUCUCUCUCCUACCAACUGUCCAGUCCCUUUCAUGUCUGAUGAGUUGUCUUCGGGGGUGAUUCCUGUCCUGUGCCAACAGAAGGUUUGGGGACCAUGACCGCCAGGAUUUCUCUAGUCUCAGUCAGACCAUUAAGUAUGGUCUUUUUAUGAGAAUUUGGGGUCUGUAUCCCACUGAUCUUGUGCUCCCUCAGGGGUCCUCUGUUGUGCUCCCUGUCAAGGCAGUCAUCGA